UAGUCCCCUUGAGCCUUCCUGGCAUUCUCAACAAGCUUUGUAAGGGUUGGGACUGUGUGUGUGCAUGUGUGUGUGCUUAAAGAGACUUUACCAUUUACACCCAGAUUCUCACACACUUCAGUGCUGUUUAAUUUGGUAGAACUUCAGAUCAAAACAAACCUUCUCUCAGAGGGGUUGAUCUUAGAGCCAUAUCAGCAGCUGCUGUGAUCUCUGUUAUUUUUACCAGUGUGAGGCAACAAGAAGAGGACAACUAGACGCAGAAAAGAGGCAAACAUGUCCCACGCUCUGCUGAGGAGGAAUUCCAGCAAACAGGGUUUGCAAAAUCUAAUGAGACUCACCGCUCAGAGGAGCAUUGAGGAUGCUGAAGAAGUGGAGCGGGAACGUCGCCGAAAGGCUCGAGAGUCUUUACGCCGACGGAACAGCGGCUCAACACCGGAAGACUCGUCACCAGAGAGCGAGGCGCCAGAGGAGAGGAACACGUAUGAUCGUGAACUGAAACCCAGCAGUUCCCCUUCUCUUGAGGAGGAUGAGGGUUUUAGUGACUGGACUCAGCGCAGAGAAAAACAAAGACGACAGCGACUGCAGGAGCUCAGUCAGGAUGGAGAAGAAGAGGAAGAAGAAGAAAAUGUCUUUAUGAAGAACAAUGUAGCCAAAAAGGCUGCUCACGCUGCUUCGAUGCCGUUCAGUCCAGUUCAAAGACAAGAUCAGGAAGAUGCUGACAACAUCAGGAUGGAGGCAGAGUGGAGGAACGAUUACGAGGAAGAGGUCAGGAGAGUGAAGGAGAGGGAGGGAAUGAAGAAGAACAAACUGCUGCUUUCCACAAAACAAGAGACUCAAAGGCCAAAUAUAGAGGAAGCGAAAAAGAAAGAACUUAAAGUAUCCUACAUGUCCAAGGUUUUCCUGUGUCAGAAGCCAAAACAUAACAGCCAAAAGAGUGGCACAGCUGGCCAGGAAGUGACAUCAGUCAUGAACCAGAGGAGCAGAUCCAGCAGACAAUCUGUGGAGUCAGAGGAGGCGAAGCCCUUUCUAGAGGCUGAGCAGAGACUGGAGAGGAUCCGCCAGAGCCUGCAGGAGAAGGAGAGUCAGGAGCUGGAGCAAAUCAGACACAGGCAGUUUGAGGCCGAGCAGGAGCUGCAAGAGCUGAAGAGGAGACGGGAGGAGAGACGGCGAGCUCGUGAGGAAGAGGAACGCCAGAGGGAGGAGGAGGAGAAACAGCACAUGGCUGCUGAGGAGGAGGAAAGAAGAAAGAUGAGGGAAGACAUGGAGAGGAGGAGGAUGGAGGCAGCAGAAAGGAUGAAGACCCUUAGUACGUCCAGUGCAGAAGGAGAGGAGGCGUUCAGUCCCAAAGUUUCAACACACAAGAUCACAGAGAGAACCAACUCCCUGAACCGCUCACUAAAGAAAAGCAACAGUUUCAAGAAGACUCAGCCUCCCUUCCUCCUGACCAGGAUCGAUGAUAAGAUGGAGCAGUACACUCACGCUGUGGAGAAAACCUCCCAGGAGCUGCGGGCGGUGAAGGCAUCGCUCACUGACCUUCCCAACUCCCCAGAGGCUGUUUCCUCCAAGAAGAAUCUGUUUGAGGCUGGAGAGGCCUGGAGCCCGAACAAAGGAGCAACAUGCAGGGACACUGGUAGUCUGAAAGUGGGCGUGGCCAGCCUGAUCACACACUGGGUGACAGGACCCUCAGAGCCCAGUAGCAAACAGUCACCAUGCCGACCGUCUGAUGUGAGGUCUGGAGGCGUGCUGCAGAAGAAGAACAUGUGGGAAAUACUUGGAGACCCAUCAGGGGGGACCGAACCAAAAGCAAAGUCAACACCACAUGGGAAAAAACUGAAAUUUAUUGUCACUGGCCAUGGAAAAUAUGAGAAGAUCUCUGUAGAUGAAUGUGGAGACCUCAGCCAAAGCGCCGGUUUGUGUUACAGUGAUUGCUGAGGAAGCAUUUCCUUCCUCUUCUGUUGCCUUUGUGAUCUCGCAACACCUUAAAUGCUGAUGCAGGAACUCUGCAACUGGAAAGUCUCUAUUUUUUCUGACCAUCUCUAAAGGAAAUGCACAUACAGCUCCAAACUCAGGCCCAAAAAUAUAUAUACCCUUGGCAGAUUUAGGCUAAGUAAAUUAUUUUUUUUAUUUUUAUUUCAUUAAAAUCCUGGUAUGUUGAAAAUGCAAACCUUUCUCAAUAAGCAGUGGAAAAAAAUCUUUAUUCGCACUCACACGUUCCUUAAAUUGAUUAGUAUCUUUUCACAUCUUUCCACUGAUUUGUUGCAGAUAUAUUCUCCAAGUCUUUAAGCUUGGAUGCCCUCCAUCAUCUUAAGCUCCGCCCAGAGAGUCUCAAUCAUAUUCAUGUUGGUAUGCUUGCUGCAGCCUACAAAAACCCUAACCCUAAACCCUAACCCUGCUUCCAGUCAGGAGAAAGACUUUCAGAAAUCUGUCAGGGGUAUGACUGAUUUUGGACUCAAUCGUACAUAUUAAAAAUUAAAGCCCACACAAAUAUGUGAUGGUCAUAGUUGUGUGAUCCUCUUUACAUCUUCCUAUUUUCUGUUUUUACCAUUAUGAGCCUAUCUUAAUGUGAGUUAUUUUUUUAGUUUUCAUCUGUUCAAGAUGAUCAUUUGUAAAACGUUUACAGUUUGAAUCAUCUCGAGUAAAUGGAUCACAUCGAUGUUUGACCUGUUCAGCACUUUUUAGCUUGACGACAAUCAAAACUGCAAAAACUCUGAGCACCAGCCAUAGCUAAAAGCAGACAUUAGAUGUUACACACUGUACAAAAAGACACAACCAUUUUACUGUAUGACAUUAAAUCUGAAUAAAUGUUUUGUUAUUUUGGCCACUUAGGAUUACCAAAACUUUUUCUUGUUGAUAGAUUUCAGAAAAAUAAUGGGAAUAUUUAUUUUUACAACUUUCUUCUAAUUCAGACAUUUCUAUCCAUUUCCUCAGGACUUGGUAGAAUAGUUUUUUCAAUUGUAUAAGUUAUGUAAUAUUGGGCAUCCUUCCACAAGCUUCUCAUCAAAGUUUACCAGAAUUUUAUUUUGAUUUUUUUUUUUUUUUUUUUGCUAGAACUAUUUUGAUUUAGGCAUUUUUUAAAUAAAUUCCUUACAUUAUUGUGCUUUUAAGCAAAAUUCCAUGUUAUUGUAACUUACUUAUGUAACAUCACAUGAAAAUCUAAGUAGGAAGAGAAUUGUGGACCAAUUUCGCAAUGCUGGAGAUUGUUCACAGUUUGGGAACAAUCUCCAGAUGCAUGAGCGUGCCACAUUCAAAUGUUGAAAUAAUUAUAUGUAAGCAUAAACACUACAUUAAUAUCCAGCUGUCUGGUCAAAGCAGUGAGAGGGAAGACAGGCCUGUAAUGCCACUCAGCCAGGAGGAGGCCAUUACUGAGGAGUCAGAUUACAGUUUUCAAACUCACUCAUGUUUGAUAAAACUAAAAUGAAACUGUAAAAUUGCCAUCAUUACAUUUGGAGUAAAAAUGGCAAAAUCUGAAAUCCUGAGAACAACUAAUCAACCAUGAUGUAAGAGGCUGACACCAUGAUAUCUCAUGCAUUUUGGGAGGAAAUGAUGAUCUGCACAAAAAAAAAGUUGGCAUCACAAGAAAAGAAGAGUAAUUUAAACAAUUAACGUCUCACCUCCAGACCAGAGCAAGGAAGUUAAACCUGCAAACAAAAUAGUCUUCUAAGUGGACAAUGAACCCAGUCAUACCAGUUAUGUACUGGUUACAAAGUGUGUUAAAUACAUAUAUAAAAAUAGCCAUCUGAUACUCCCUCAAACCUUUGACCACCUUUCCAAAGCAGGCUUGCUGAAAUGCCAGCAAGCUUGUGGAAGGCCCAAACCGAC